AGCGAGCAAGCAAGGGAGACACUGUCCCAGCCUCCAUCCGUCUAACUCGUCGCACAAUGUUUUUAAUAAUUUACAAGGCUGUUUGUCGUUCGUCGUAUGCAAAUUCAAAGACUGUGGACUGAUACCACCAUCUACAGUUUGCCAUGGCGACGGUAGUGAUGGAGCAGAUCGGCCGCCUGUUUAUCAACGCCCAGCAGCUGCGUCAAAUCCCCCAGCUGCUGGAGUCGGCCUUCCCCACGCUGCCUUGCACCGUCAAGGUGUCCGACGUUCCCUGGGUGUUCCAAGAGCGUCACAUCCUCACCGGCUACAGACAGCCGGACCAUAGCUGGCGCUACUACUUUCUCACCCUCUUCCAACGGCACAACGAGACCAUUAACGUAUGGACCCAUCUGCUGGCCGCCCUCAUCAUCUUGGUGAAGUGGCAGGAGAUCUCACAGACUGUCGAUUUUUUACGAGACCCUCACGCUCAGCCCCUCUUCAUCGUCCUCCUCGCCGCCUUCACCUACCUCUCCUUCAGUGCCCUCGCUCAUCUCUUGUCUGCCAAAUCCGAGCUCUCUCACUACACCUUCUACUUCCUCGACUACGUGGGGGUGGCCGUCUACCAGUACGGCAGUGCGCUGACUCACUACUACUACGCCAUCGAGGAGUCUUGGCACGCCAGAGUGCAAGGUUUCUUUUUACCCGCCGCUGCUUUCUUGGCCUGGCUCACAUGCUUUGGCUGCUGCUAUGGCAAAUACGCCAGUCCCACGCUUCCCAAGCUUUCGCACAAGCUUUUCCAAGUGGUGCCCUCAGCCUUGGCUUACUGUUUGGACAUCAGUCCCGUGGUGCACCGCAUCUACGCGUGCUACCAGGAAGGCUGCUCCGACCUGGUCGUGGUGUACCACCUUUACCAAGUGCUCCUUUUCCUCAUCGGCGCCUACUUUUUUUCCUGCCCCCACCCGGAGAGCUGGUUCCCGGGGAAGUGUGACUUCAUCGGGCAGGGCCACCAGAUCUUCCACGUGUUCGUCAUGGUUAGCACCCUGGUGCAGAUAGAAGCGCUGCGAAUUGACUUCAGCGAGCGGCGGCCGCUCUAUGAGCGACUGCACGGCGAUCUCGCUCACGACGCCGUCGCGCUUUUUAUCUUCACUACCUGCUGCAGUGCCCUCACUGCUUUUUACGUGCGCAAACGUGUGCAAGCUUCGCUCCAUGAAAAACACACUUAAAUGAAAUGUUACAUCUCAGGUUGCUCUACAGUGACCAGUAAUUUUAAUUUGAUCAUUUUCGAACAGUGAUUUCUUCCUUGUGUAAUCUGCCAAACUACAGUGAACAGUGUGAACUAUUUGUCAGCAAGAGUGUAGUUGAAUCCUGUAGGUCACGUUCACUUUUUUUGCGCUUGUAACACAU